ACGUACAACAACAUCAACAACAAACUGAAUUGUGUGUAGAAGGUGUGGGGUUCCCUGACCGCACUGCCAACUAGUUUUAGCGGAGGUCCCAACAACGCCCGGUGCCACUGCGCGCUCUGCUGACGCAACCACGUCGCUGUGGCUCAAUGCGAUGGCGGACCGCAAUGUCCACAGACCUGCCCAGAGAGGGACGGAGCAAAGUCACUGAGCCACUCUCACCGGCUCCCUUAAACUGACUACCUGUUAAAGAGAGGCCGCUGUCAUUGCCGUCCCUCUCGUGAAAUAGUAUGUGGGACGGGAUCUGCUCGGAGUGCACUGACCGGGACGAGCCAGAAGUGGAGUGAAGAGGAGCAGAGUGCGCCGGGCUGACGCGCCGCAUGUUGAGCGAGCAAGUUGACUGAAAUAACAAAAGUCGAGUCGACGAGGAAGGGGACAGCCGCUCUUGGAUUUAAGGAAGAUUCAAGGGGAUAGUUGAUUUGGCAAAAAUGAAAUUCGCGGAGCAUCUUUCGUCCCACAUUACUCCAGAGUGGAGGAAACAGUAUCUUCAGUAUGAGGCAUUCAAGGAUAUGCUGUAUGCUGCCCAGGACCAAGCCCCGUCCAUAGAAGUCACAGAUGAAGACACAGUGAAGAGAUACUACGCUAAGUUUGAAGAGAGGUUUUUCCAGACCUGUGAGAAGGAGCUUCUGAAAAUCAACACAUUCUAUUCAGAAAAGCUUGCUGAAGCACAGAGACGUUCUGCCACGCUGCAGAAUGAGCUGCAGUCUUCACUGGACGCUCAGCGCGAGAGCAACGCUCCACCCGGCCUGCGGAGACGCAAGACGAUGUUCCACCUGUCGCAGGAGGAGCGCUGCAAACACCACAACAUCAAGGACCUGAAGCUAGCCUUCAGCGAGUUCUACCUCAGCCUCAUCCUGCUCCAGAACUAUCAGAAUCUGAACUUCACUGGUUUCCGUAAAAUCCUGAAGAAACAUGACAAGAUCCUGGAUACUUCUCGCGGAGCCGACUGGCGUGUGAUUCAUGUCGAGGUGGCACCUUUCUACACCUGCAAGAAGAUCACGCAGCUCAUCUCCGAGACUGAGACCAUCGUCACCACAGAGCUGGAGGGAGGAGAUCGUCAGAGGGCCAUGAAGAGGUUGAGAGUUCCUCCACUGGGGGCAGCUCAGCCUGCUUUGGCCUGGACGACCUUCCGUGUGGGUCUCUACUGCGGCUUCUUUAUCAUUCUCGCCAUCGCCUUCGUCCUUACUGGUGCUGUGUUCUUCCGCUUCGAGAACGUGUGGCCACUAGUGCGGAUCUAUCGGGGAGGUUUCCUGUUGAUCCAGUUCCUCUUCCUGUUGGGCAUCAAUACUUACGGAUGGAGACAGGCUGGAGUCAACCAUGUCCUCAUCUUCGAGAUCAACCCCCGAAACAACCUCUCACACCAACACCUGUUUGAGAUUGCUGGUUUCCUGGGUGUGUUGUGGUGUCUCAGCAUCCUCUCCUGUCUCUACUCAGAGUACACCUACCUCCCCAUGCAGAUCAACCCGCUCAUACUUUAUGGCUUCAUGGUGCUCUUCCUCCUCAACCCCUUCAAGACCUGCUACUACAAAUCACGUUUCUGGCUCCUCAAGCUGCUGUUUCGUGUCUUCACAGCACCAUUUCACCGGGUGGAGUUUGCAGACUUCUGGCUGGCUGAUCAGCUCAACUCUCUGGUGUUUGUUCUGAUGGACCUAGAGUAUCUCAUCUGCUACUACAUCUUUGAUCUGCAGUGGAGCAACAGCAAGGGCCUACUGCCCGAAAAUGCAGAUGAGCAAGGACACACGGACGCCGACAUGUUCUUCUACCUGCUGAUCGUGUUCUCCACUAUCAGCUCCCUGUACACACUGAUCUGGGAUCUGCGCAUGGACUGGGGUCUGUUUGACCGCGGAGCCGGAGAAAACACCUUUCUCAGAGAAGAAAUUGUUUACCCACACAAGGCCUACUACUACUGUGCUAUUAUAGAAGAUGUGAUCCUGCGUUUUGCCUGGACGAUCCAGAUCUCUCUGUCCACAAUGACCAAGAUCCACUCUGUGGGCGACAUCGUAGCCACCGUGCUGGCUCCCCUUGAGGUCUUCAGGCGAUUUGUGUGGAACUUCUUCCGUCUGGAGAACGAGCACCUGAAUAACUGUGGUGAGUUUCGUGCUGUGAGGGAUAUCUCCGUGGCGCCACUCAACGCUGACGACCAGACGCUCUUGGAGCAGAUGAUGGACCAGGACGACGGCGUCCGGAAUCGCUCGGGCAAGAAGACCUGGAAGAGGUCCUACAGCCUGUCGCUCCGACGCCCCCUACUAUCCUCACAGUCGAAAAAGGACACAAAGGUGCUAAUUGAAGACACGGAUGAUGAGGCUUUCAGCUGAGUCCACAACGUCAGCACGUACACACACACAAACACAGCCAUGCUAUACUUAUAAGGACCUCAUUCACUAACACCCAACCUCGACCCUUCUACAGUGUAGUGAUAAGAGUAGUGACCCCCACCCUCAGUCUAAGCCUUUAAAGCAGUGAGGACCUCAGACUGUCCUCACUUUGGACAAUUUACCUCAUCUUUACAUCCUCGUGAGUAUAUUUGGUCUUUAUAAGUAUAGAGAAACACACACAGUGCACACUAUAAUGCAAACACACAUAAAAGAAAAACCUGCUAAAGCACAAACAUAGUGUAAUAUUGCUACAGUUGAGAAGAGAGCUAAUACCACAUACACACACACACACACACAUACACACACACACACACACACACACAGACAGACAGACAGA